GCAAAGUCCCGAGCCCCCGCGAGAUUCCGCGCAUCGUCGGCUCACUUGUCGAAAAUUUUGAAGUGAGCCAGUCCUGAAGUCCGUUUCAGUCACCCUCACAUUCACAUCACGAUCGAGUGGAAGGCAAAGAAGGAUGGGCAAAGUAUACGCGAUAGAACAUAUGGAGCCGGACGAGGAGACGCCGUCGAAGCCUCUGCCGGAGUGGGUCCUCUUAGAGUAUUUCCACAUGCUCCAACAGGUGGGAAUCGUUGGAGGCAAGGAGGAUGCCAAGCUCCUCACGAGACGGGAAGAAGCAGAGGAUCAUGAGACCAGUCCGACGGAAUCGAAAGUCUUCUUCUCGCACCUAUCACAGCCCACCUGCGAGGCUCUGUUCAGCGAGAUCAACACUCGAGCGAGCUCGGUCAGUCCGGGAUCAAGUUCGAUCGCAGGGACCCUUCCGGAUCCCUCGUCUUCGGCAAUCGCCGAGAACGAUCUCCCGCCGUGUGUGUGCACUCGGCUUUCGAUCUUAGAUCUCAUGAAGAGGCUCGAUGUGGGGUUGGAGGAGGUGUGUUUACUGGAUCCGAAAGCCGAGCAAGAGCUAAAGCCGGAAGAUGGUGGGAAGUUCCGAUGGUUCCUCUUCGGCGGGAUCCUUGGCGACGAUCCUCCGCGGGACCGGACCGCCCAACUCCGGGUCUGUGGCUUCCCCUCCCGCCAUCUCGGCCCGAUCCAAAUGACCACCGACACCGCACUCGCCGUCACCAAACGGGUCGUCGAGGACCGUCACACUCUCGACCAGCUCCCCUGGACCGUCAAGCCCGAACUCGUCUUCAGUCCCAAGGAGAAAGUCGAAAUGCCCUUCAGGUAUCUCGCAUCCCCUGACGGUCAGCCUAUCAUGCCCGACGGCAUGAAAGAACUCAUCCAUAAGGACUUGGAUCGCGCUUUCGAAUUUUAGAUUCACACCUUUCUGUCCAAUUUCCUGACAACGUUUCUGUCAUUGAUACCCAUCAAAGAACCUUUACUUUAAGAAGCACAAAUCCGAAAUACCUUGUCCGGAAAGCCAUUUUUACUGAAAGAAAAAAAGAAAAAAAUCUCAACUUAAGGAAUACUUGAAUUUGUUGCAACUAUCCAAAACUUGGACCGAAACACAUAACACAUGUUUGUUAUUUGAGGCACAUUUUACCAUCAAGUGACAGCUGCAUUGUCAACCAAGAAGAGAUGGUUUUUGUCUCCAAGGGUGCAAAACAUCACUUGCUUGCACUUUCUGGAUAUGGGCUGGGAUUUUCAUUUUGAAAGCUGGCUCGAAAGCGGUGUGAAUUUUGAAGCUCUCCAACCAGACAGUCACACUUACAAAACAAGGCUCCAGAGCCUUUGAUGGAUUCAAGAUCUUCAUGGAUGUUUUUUUUCUUGGUGUUAGACCAGUUCAUUUGGGUAUUGAAUGAGGAUAUCAUCCAUGAUGAGAUUGUAUGCACUUCAAGCUCAAGAGCUCUGAGUGAGGUCUUCUAUCUUCAUGCAUGACUUUGGUCAAAAUUAAAUCAGCCCAAAGCUGUCAGCGUUUUCCUAUCUGUCUAUUAUUUCUACUGAUUCUUGAGCGGUUCAAUAAUCUAAAAAUAAGAGAUAGACCAAAGCUUAAACCAUCACAUCUUGUCUUGCCCCAUAA